CUAUGAUUACCCUCCUAAUCCCAUAACCUUCCCCCACACAGACUAAACCACACCUCUUUUUUUUUUCUCUGGUCGACCUUAAGAGGAUUUAAACCAACCGACGAAGAAGAAGAAAGAAAUUAAGAAACUCCGACAAUGGACCUACAGACCAACAGGACAGCCUUGGGGUCGGCGUACUUGCCGUUGCGUUAUCCGAUGGCUGACUUAUUCUGCGGAUUGGGGGCGAUGCUCUGCCUUAUCGUCAUUGCUGUCCUUAUCCGCCACUCUGGCUACCUAGACGACAACCCCACCGAAGAGAGCGACCUCGAGUCCGGAGACGACACAGAGGCGAAGCAGACUCCGGUGGAUAUGCCGGAGAAGUGUCUGGUGGUAAUGGCCGGCGAGGUGAAACCCACGUAUCUGCCGACUCCGGCGAGCACCGGAAGCAACGGUGAGCCAACCCCUGUCCAAAUACGCUGAAAACAGGUAGAGUUGCUUUCAUGGCGAUCGACGGAAACAAAGCAUCAUCACGGGAUCAGAUAUCUUUGUCUAAUGAACUACAAAAACUUUUUACUUUUUCGUUUUUUUUGUUUGUCUACCUUUUCAAUUAAUAAGUUUUUGUCGCAUGUCUAUCUAUGGAUUUGCUUAUGAUUGCAAACAACUCUACGAGUUGUGGUAUGGGGUGGUGAAAUUGAAAGCGCGUAAUAAGGAAUUCCGUGAUCGAAA